AUGGCACACCGUGUGCCUGUGUGUGAUGCUGGAGGCUCAAAGCGGACAUCCAGGGUCCGAGUUGCGGUUCGACUGCGGCCCUAUAUGGAGAAGCAGGAUGAUAAGGGGGAGGGCCCUUGUGUAAGGGGUCUGGGAUCACAGAGUCUGGAGAUAAUCAACUGGAGGAAUUCCACAGAGACCCUGCAGUACCAAUUUGAUGCAUUCUAUGGGGAGCAAACAACACAGCAGGAGGUCUUUAUGACCUCAGUGAAGCCCAUCCUGCCUCACCUGCUGAACGGACAGAAUGCCAGCGUCUUCGCCUAUGGACCCACUGGAGCUGGGAAGACCCACACCAUGCUUGGCAGUCAGGAACAGCCAGGGGUUAUCCCGCGGGCGGUGAAGGAGGUGUUUCACCUGGUGAGAGCACAGGAGAAAGACGCAGACGACUGGGACUACACCAUCGGCAUGUCCUACCUCGAGAUCUAUAACGAGAAGGUGCUAGACCUGCUAUCGCCGAACACCCAGGACCUGCCCAUCCGUGAGGACAAGGACCGGAACAUCUUGAUCCCGGGCUUGACCCACAUGCCACUCUCUUCUCUAUCUGACUUUCAAACUCACUUCAUCCCUGCCAGCCUCAAUCGCACUACUGCCUCCACUAAGCUCAACCACCGUUCCAGUCGCAGCCACGCCAUCCUUCUGAUCAAGGUGGUCAAGUCUCAGCGCAUCGCCCCUCACCGGCAGCAGACUGGGAAGCUGUACUUAGUGGACUUGGCCGGCUCCGAGGAUAACCGUCGCACUGGCAACCAGGGCCUGCGGUUGAAGGAGAGCGGCGCCAUCAACCUGUCCCUCUUCACUCUCAGCAAGGUGGUGGACUCUCUCAACACGGGUGGUGGCCGCGUGCCCUAUAGGGACAGCAAGCUUACCCGCCUGCUGCAGGACUCCCUAGGAGGCUCCGCCCACUCCGUCAUGAUCACCAACAUUGCACCCGAGUACAAGUACUACUUUGACACCUUCACCGCCCUCAACUUUGCUGCCAAGUCCAAGCUCAUCGUAAACCGGCCUUUUGUGAGGGAGACAGUAUCCAGCACUGCGGAAGUGCACAAAACAGGAAAGAGACCCAGGCAGGAGCAAGGGUGUGGAGCAGCUGCUGAGCCCCAGAAGAAGAAGCUGAAGGAUGGCCGCAGAGAGGAGCAGGAGGCAGCCCCUGGCCCAGCACAUCAGAAUAGCCCCACAGAUUCCUCUGUGCUGGACAGACUGCUUGCCCUAGAGAAGCUGAUGAUGGGGUCCCCGGAGAAGGAGAGAUUGAACCUACUGAAGACUGUUGCCGAGUCUCGCAAAGAGAUUCAGCAACUGAAGGCAAAACAGAAAGAGCUAGAGAAAAAAGCACUUGCCUUCAAGAUGUUAAGCUUGGGACAAGGGAAAGAUGAAGGCGUGGUAACUCAGAGUGGCAAAGGGGCAGAGAGGCUGAAGGACACAGAUCUGUUCAGAACAAAUCUGCUUCCACUGCACAGGAAGCAGUCCUCUGCAGCCAAGCCCAAAAAACAACAGGCAGUGGUGACCCCUCUACAGGUGUCCCAGGUUCAGCCUCUUCAGCAGUGUGCAGUGAUGUGUAAAUCUUCACCCUCUUCCAGCAAGAGCAAGCGGCAGCACAGUGAGAUUCUGGAGGGCAAAGAGAACAUGGGUGUGAAGCCUUGCCUCUCAGACAGUGACUGGGAGUCCCGUCUGGACGGGUCAGUGCUGGAACAAUCCCGCCAGAAAAUCCUGCAAGUCCUUAACUCUGGCAGCCUUAAGGACCUUAAGGCACUGCAGCUCAUUGGAGACAAGAAGGCCAAGCUUAUUCUGGGCUGGAGAGAAGUUCAUGGCCAGUUCACACAGGUGGAGGACUUGCAGAAGGUUGAAGGAAUCACAGCCAAACGCUUCUCGUCCUUCAUGAAGGCCAACAUUCUCAGUGCAAUUGGGAAAUGAACUUCAUGUGGGUGCACAUGCAUGUGGAUGUGUGUGGGUCUCCAUGCCUG